GUUGAGGCGGAGCACCCUCUUAUUGACUACCUAGAAUCUACGCUAGAAGGCAGCCCACGUAUUAAAAGACCCUACGACGCUGCUGGUUGCUGCGACUAGUCAUAUGGCACUCGGUAACUCUCACAAGAUGGCACUCUCGAGGCUUGCAAGGAGUAGCCUGCUACUCUCAUGGCUUCUCACGACCUCGCAACAGUGUCUCGUCCGCGCCGAGGGCUUCACCUUCCCUACCACCGACGUGAACGAAUUCAUAGUCGGAGACCUGGUCAAUGUCACCUGGGACACGGUCUCCCCGCGCAUCUCUCUGUAUGAAAUGUGCGCCACGGCCGUCCUUUUAGAAUCCAACGUCUCCAACACACAAAGCUACGUCUGGAACGCCACCCGAGACCACUACACAGAAUCAGGCUGUGCAUUCGAGCUUGUCUCCCUCACCGACGAAGGUUCUCUCAUCCUUCCCAACCUGACUAGCGUUCCCUUCGGCGUCGACCCGCGAUACACCAAUGACCCAGCACCGACCUCCUACAACUUUGGCGACACCCCCUCCACCGCCACCUCCGCCGUAUCGACAAACACCCUUUCCUCCUCCACCACCAUCACUGCUAACCCAUACACCGCAUCCGCAGAACCAGCAUCAGCGACAACAUCGUCAUCCACCCCCAACGAAAGUCCCACAGCCAUCGCAAAGGGAGGCCUCACCACUGCCCAGAAAGUGGGAGUCGGGCUCGGAGUCCCGCUAGGCGUUCUGGCAUUGUCACUGGCCGGGGCGUUGCUGUUCAUGUACCGCCGUCGGCAGCGACGGGGACGCGGAGAUGGAUCUGUUCCAGCGAUGGCUGAGCAGCCGAAAUCCCCGUUUGACGGGUCACGGAUGUCGCGGGUGUCCGGGGCGGAGACGCUGAUUGCGGAGCUCCCGGCGGCAGAUGUGGAGGCUGCCUCGGAGAUGGGGGAUAGUUUGCGGCCGGUUAGUGAGCUCAUGGGGACGCCGAGGAAUGAGUUGACUUGA